AUGGCCGAACUGGCGCCGGAGCUACUCCGCUGGCUCUCCACCGUCCUCGCUCCGAAUAGAAAUACCACUCGGCGAACAGGACGUAUACAGACACCGCGACCCUCCUCCACCACUACCGCGGCCUCUCCCCCAAAACCGACGUCUACAGCAACAUACGACGACGGACGGUCCGACCUGCUGCUAUGCAUCCAAGGCACCCUCCCCGUUGCCUUUCGCGGCGCCACCUACAACAUCCCCCUUAACAUCUGGGUGCCCCAUCAGUAUCCUAACACCCCGCCCACCGUCAUGGUCGUCCCCGGCAAGAACAUGGGCAUUCGACCUACCAACCACGUUGACACCAACGGUCGCUGCUAUCACCCUUAUCUGGCAUAUUGGUCCCAGAACCCCGAUAAAUCGACGCUUAUCGACCUCUGCGGCCAGCUCAAGGACGUCUUUGGCAAGGAACCCCCCCUCUACUCCAAGCAGCCCGUCGCCCAGCCGCCACCACCGCCACAAAAUCAACCAAUACAGUCCAUAGCUACCCCACCACCCCGUCCCCCUCUACCCCAAGAAAUAGAAUCUCAGAGGGCCCGUUCCAACCCUGUCCCGCAGCAACAACCUGCAGACCAAGCUACCCCACCCCCACCCCCACCUCCGAAAGCAGAACCUCGACACCAGUCUCCAGCGGCGUACUCAUACACCACCACCCCCCACCUAUUCACCCCGCAAAACCAAUCCACCCCUCAGCCCGUCGCAUCUCCCCCCUUACACCCACCACCACAAAACAAUAUCAAUAACCACAACCAAGGCCCACCAGAACGGCCCGCAUUGCCCCAGAAACUCCCUCGUGAGGAACCGAGACCGGCCUACCCAAUCCCCAGCCCGGCAUACCAACAGACCCCACCGCAACCACCACCAGUUCCACCUCUGCCCUCACCUAUAAGAAACUCAACAGUCGGGUCGCCGGGUCCAAGAUCUCCUCCACCACCACCCCACAGCCCCUACCACCAACAACAGCACCAUAUCACCCCGCCACCCCCUCUCCCCGUCCACCCACAACAUGGCUGGCAUCCCCAACAACAGCCACCACCACCCCCUCCCUCACAGGUUCAUAGACUAUCAGGACAAUACGAACCUCUCAACAGGUUCCCUUCUGUUAACCAACCGCAACAGCGUCCGAUAUCCAUCCACGGCUAUCCACCCCAACAGCUAUCAUCAGCCGGUCCAUCGAAUCUAAACCCCACAGCAACAAAACUCCCCCAGAGAUCCCAAUCCCAACGUAAACCCUUCAACAUCCUAGACGCCGACGACGACAACGCCAGCAGCCUGCUCCCCACCCCAGCAACAUCCAAACUCGCGGUCCCACCGCCUUUACCCCCAAACCCAGAGAAAGACCGAUUGAUAAACGAAAUCGCAAAGAUACUACAACAAAAGGCGGACGCGGCUUCUGCGAAAACAAUGGCAUCGUUGGAACAGACGGUAUCGCAGGCUGAGGCGAUGGCGAAGACGGAGGCGUAUAUGGAGAGGGAGAGGAUAGAGUUGAUUAGGAUCAAUGAUGUGUGUGAGAAGGAUCAGAGGAUAUUGAAUGAAAGGAUUGGAAUGGCGGAUGAGUUGAUAAGGGAUGUGAGGGAUAGGGAGGCACCGAAUAUUGAUGCCGUGGUUGUUGCGCCGACGGUGGUGCAUAAUCAGCUGUACGAAUUGGUGACGGACGAUAUGGCGAUCGAGGAUACGAUAUACGUAUUAGGGAAGGCACUGGAUAAGGAGCGGAUCACAUUGGACGUUUUUCUAAAGGUAUGA